GGCCCAGAGUGGGAGGACCCUGUAAUCAGCUCACCUAGGAAGGCACGAAGACCUCGGGCCCGGCUGUGCCUGGAGGAGGGGCACCAGCACCAUGGAUUUCUGGGUGCAGUUCAGUGCCCAGAGCCAAGCCAAGGAGCGGGUUUUCAGAGCCGCUCAGUACGCCUGCACUCUGCUCGGCUACACGCUGCAGAAGAACGGAGCGAGUGCUGAUUUCCUCUCCAGGAUCAAACAGCUGGAGGCUCACGUGAGCCUGGGGCGCAAGCUGUUCCGGCUGGGGAACUCGGCGGAUGCCCUGGAGUCGGCGAAGCGAGCCAUCCACCUGCCGGAUGUGGUCUUGCGCUUCUGCAUCACCGUCAGCAACCUGAACCGAGCCAUGUACUUCGCCUGCGACAACAUCCUGUGGGCGGGGAAGUCGGGCCUCCUCCCUCACGUGGACCAGGAAAAGUGGAGCCAGCGGUCCUUCAGAUAUUACUUCUUUGCACUGAUCCUGAACCUGAGCCGGGAUGCCUACGAGAUCCGGCUCCUGAUGGAGCGUGAGGCGUGCGGGAAGCGUCCAAAGGGCAGCGAGACCAGGCACGCGCUCCGAGCAGACAGCAGUCUCCAGCAGCUGAUGCUGAGGCUGAAAGUCCAGCUGCACCUUCUUGUGCACGUGCUGAGGAGCAACCCCCCUCUGCUUGUGGACGUGGUGAAAAACGCCUGCGAUAUCUUCAUCCCGCUGGACAAGCUGGGCCUGUACAAGACCAACCCAGGCUUUGUGGGGCUGUGCGGCCUCACCUCCUCCGUCCUCUCUAUCCUCACCAUCGUUCACCCCUGGCUCAAACUGAAACCUUAAGCAGGAGGACUGGCUGGUUGGUAGAGGGAUGUGGAGCCUUCGCCUUUAUGUUACCGGUUCGAGGCCAGCCCAGGACGUUAGGGGCCCAAGAUUGCUACCAUCCAGUGGCUGGUAUGCAAUGAAUUUCGGGGGCGGGGGCUCAAUACUAUGAUAGGACAAGUGUUCGCGUUCCGCCACCAGAACCGAUGCUGAUACACAGCCUUAGCCAGGGAUUGGAGACUGAGCUCCCCUCUUGUCCCUACAGGAGUUCCAUGCCUCAGUUUCCCCACCUGUAAAGCCAGGAGGUAGCGAGUAGAGGAGGAGGCCUUUGUAGCUGCUGCUCGUGUACUACCUGGUCUGUGGAUACAGAGUGGACUUUGGUCUCCUCGGCUGUCCAUCUGGCACGUGGCAGUCCCGUUUUUAAAUAUAACCCUUGAAGUACUGUGAGUAACAAGCGCCUGGAGUUUGUGGCUAGAGACUCCUGGGGUGGAUUGCUGAGCCCCGAUUUAUUAGGCCUGCCAGGUAACUUUGAAAGGUGCCGGGGAAGCUCGCGGAGUAGCAGCACUUAACGGUGAUGACAUGACAUGGCAUGUCCUUGUGUGCGCUGGCAGAGUGCAGGCUGCAGUGUUCCCAGCUGUUCCUGUUGAUGCAGUCCCCAGUUCUGACACCUCUGCCAUGCCUGGAAACCGUGGAUUUUCCUGCUGCCCUGGCAGCAACAUUAAGUUAGGUUUGAUGGUAGGAAAAUGAAGGUAAACAGCAAUAUUCAGUCUCUCCUCUUACCUUUCCUAUUUGUUUCAGUCUGGCUCUAUUUUUCUAUUGUUUAUAAAGCACGUAGGGACGUUCAGGCAUGAAGCAUGGUGACCUGUGAAAGCGGGUAGGUGAAACUGACAUGAUCCACACCAAUUUGCAGCAAUGGGUAGAGACUAAGAUGAGGUGUGAUCUCGGCGCAGGGACAGGACUGAGGACCCCGGUUCUGGUUUUUUGUUUUUUUUUUCUUGUGCCCUGAAUGACUGUGGACCUUCAUGUCUCUGUGCCUCGGUUUCCCCAUCUGUAAAGUAGGAAUAACACAGACCUACCCUCCUGUGCCUGCACUCCUGUUCACCCAGCUAGCCAAAUGCUCACCCCGCUGUUUUUUUAAUGGCUUCUUUGGUGUACCUUAAUAAACUGGAGAGGAGGAGAAAACAAAUGGUGCAGUGCUAACUUUGAAUGGAAAUCUGUAUUGAGAUCGUUUUUGUAAUAAACAUACAUUCUGAUCUGAAAUUACCACUUUACAGGAGUUUAUCAAGUUCUCUUUCUCUGUGCAAAGUCAGAUCAUCAACGCUGCCCUCCAGACUGAUGGCUGAUCUGGCUGCAGAGGGAUCUUUAUCACCAAGGAUUGCAUUUAUAUCUGAAGCCGUUGCAUUCUUCGGUGAUCCCUUUUAAUUAUGUAUGUAGGGUAAUGAGAAUGAUCUUGCUUGUGUUUAAACUGUCACGGGCUGUAUACAUGGAUGCUCUUAGCAAUCAGUGCUCUUUUUCCAUGCCUUCAGGACUCAUCUGCAUCCACCAUCCCUUCCUUACAAGCAUCCCAGAGCACUUUGUCUAUUGCUGCAUUAGGACUCACAACCCCUCUUUGAGGUAUGUCUAAUAUUAUCUCCCUUUUUACAGCUGAGGAACAGAGGCACAGAGAGGUGAAGUGACCCACCCAAGGGUAGACAAGUCACUGGCAGAGCCAGGAAUUGAACCCAGAUCUUUGUGACAGCAUGAGGAUUCUGAGCCGGGUUUCCACCUGGUGUAAAUGGGUGGUGGUCCCUCAGUGGAGCUACGCUGACUUGUAUCAGCUGAGAAGUUGGCCUGUUCUUUCCAACCCCCUAGACAUUAAAAUCCCACUGAUGCCUCAUCAGUACCUAGCAAAAGCUUCCAUGGCUGGAGAAUUCACGGUAUUCUCUGUAUAAUUUGCUCCUUCUGAUUUGUAUUGGUUGCUGAUAGUAUUAAUGUGAAGCCAGGCUCUCGGCUGCUUUGUUCCUCACCUGAAGGCCCAGUCCUCUGCUGGUGGUAUCCAGUCACAUAUUGCAGAGUGGAUUACCAUGCCUCCAACAGAGAAUUUUGCCUUUGGUCAAGGCCUGAAGCAGCAGGAACAUACAAAUAACAAGGAACAAAGAUCUCAUUCACCUGCAGCCAUGGUUAGCAAUGAAAGAGAGAGACAAAAUUGUCUUUAAAUAGAACAUUUUAAAGACACCCCUCUGCCCCCUCCUGGAACAUCAGCUCCAUCAGUUAAUGUUUCUGACUUAACAGUGUCUGUUGGUUUACUUUGAUUUGUGCUGUAAUUCUGUAGACGCGAGGUGCCUGUCUUCGAUCAGAGAGGUAGAUAGUACAGUGGGUAGAGCACUAGCCCGGGACUCCGGGGAGCUAGGUUCAGUUCUCUGCUCUGACACAGAUGUCCUAUGUGACCUUGGGUAAGUCACUUAGCCUCCCUGUGCCCCAGGUCCCCAGCAAUACAAGUAACAGAG